UCACUAAAACGAGUAGCACAUCUCUAAAAAUAUGUUCGAUUAUUAAAUUCUGAGUUUAAUAACCAUUUUCUAAGAUACACAGUUGUCAAACUACUAAUCGUAAAAGUUUAUCCAUUAUAUAUCAAAUUCUUUCAGAAACAUGAAUAUUUGUGGAAGUGUAUUUGUCUCAAAAGACGUGCUGAAUUUUGCUUUAAAAUGUUUAUAUUGUGAAGAAGAUAUAAAUGAGUGGGAGAGUUUUGUUAAUCACAUUCAAAGUUUGCACAAUAGCGACCUAGAGGAACCAUGCAUUGAUCCCAUUGUGGAAUUGGAUUAUAAAGAAAACAAUGCUUUAGAAUGGUUAAAAGAUGAAGUUAUGCCAUCCACUGAUGGCGAUCAUUGGGAUGAAAAUGUAGAUGCUUUGAAAGUGGAAGUACCUUCAGAUGGGGAAGCCUGUAAAACAGAGCCAACAGAAGACCCCGUUUCUGAUAAUGCCGGAGACCACAGUUAUGAUGAUGACAACGACAGUAACUCCGACUCAGACUCUUCUCAAGAAUACUUAGAAAAAAAUAAACAAAAAACUCCCAAAAAGGUUUGUUUACUCAAACUACUUAAGUACAUCAAUAAAUAAAAUAUUUUCUUACAGUUUAAGCCAUCAUUUUAUAGGAAUAACAAAAAUACAAACGUAUUUAUUGAAAUGUAUGAAAAAUCUCCUUGCUUAUGGAAUCCUAAUGACGAAAAUUAUAAUAAUAACACGGAACGUUCAAAAUGUAAAACUGAAAUGAUACAAGGAAUGGAACAAAGAUGUCAAAUAACAUUAACAUACAAAAAAUUGUGGGAAUGCUUUCGGGAGUUGCACAUGUUGUACAAGACAGUGGGGGAGGCCAUAGAGAAAAAAUCAGGUUCAAGAUACAAAAAAUUGUCUCCCACUGUGCUAGGAUAUUAUGAAAAGUGUUCAUUUCUCUCUGUAGCAUUAGAUGGAUUUUUGGAUAUAUUUGAAGAUACGCCAAAUACUGUUACGAAUAUAAGCUUUGCUUCUAAAAACACUAUAACGAUAGCAUUUAUCGACACAUAUGAACGUUUCCCGUCUCUUUACGAUUACAAACACCCAGAUUACUACCAACAAGCUAAACGAAGGCAAACAUACAAGGAUAUGGCUGACAUCCUUAGGAUUGAACAAAACGUUGAGUUCACCGAUGAUGAUAUCUUCAAAGGAAUAGAGUAUAUGCGUCAAUGGUAUUUUAAGCUGAAAAAACGUCUUGGAAAGAAUUUGAAAUUUGAGUCUUUGACAAAAGCAGCGCAACACUAUGUCGAAAAGUUAGCAUUCCUUACCAGAAGAUCAAGGGGCGAGAAGCGGUUCGACACAGAUUUGCCAUGUACAGAGUGUGAUGAGCUAUUUAAAACUAAUGCAGAUAGGCAGGCCCAUCUUCACACUGUGCACAAUAUCGGUGAAUUACCCUACAAAUGUGAUUUAUGCGAUAAAAGCUUUACCAAUAAACCCGCUUUGAAUGGUCAUAAACGAAGAUUUCAUACGGAAAAAAUACACAAAUGUGAAUUUUGCGAUAAAAUUUACGCUAUUCCAGCAGAUCUGAGAAAUCACAUGGGAAUACAUACUGGCCACAAGCCAUAUAUAUGUGAAUUGUGUGGUAAAGGAUUUCGUAAUAGGACUAAGCUACGAUUCCAUAACGAUGCAAUUCAUCUAAAAAUAAGAGCAUUCAAAUGUACUAUGUGCCCGAAAGAUUUUUUGAAAGCACGCGAUUUGCAAGAUCACAUAAAGGCUCAUCUUAACAUAAGAGAUAAGAUUUGUGAUACAUGUGGCAAAGAUUUUACAAGCGCCCACGGAUUACAUCGGCACAAGCAAUUGCACGCGGAAGUUAAAAAGUAUGCUUGUAAAUUUUGUGAGAAACGAUUUUAUCAGUUUGUGGGGCUUAACUCACAUAUGAAGCACCGGCAUGGCAUUUAUAAGAACGGCGGAAAGAAAAGCGAUAAAAUCCCUCACACAGAACCAUUACCGCAAACAUCGACAACAAAUAUGCUCAGCAGCGUUGUUCCAAACAAUUUUGGAAAUGUAAAAAUGGAUAUAUGCGGAAAUGUUUUGGUUUCUAAAGACAUACUCAACUUUGCGCUCAAAUGUCUAUAUUGUGAAACAGAUAUCGAAGAAUGGGACGCCUUUGUUAAUCAUGUACAGAGUUUGCACAACACAAACUAUGAAGAGCCUUGUAUAGAUCCACUAGUGGAAUUGGAUUAUAAAGAGAACAUCGUAGUUGGAUUGAUAAAAGAUGAAACUAUGACUCAAAUUGACACAACUGAGUUUGCGGUUAAUGACGCCGAUAUAAAAAUGGAAUUUCAGUCAGAUGGAGAAUCUGUUAAAUCCGCGCAUUACGACUCUACCGCCUCGGAUGUGGACCAAAGUCAAGAUAAUGAUGCGAAUUAUGUUGACACGGAUACAGAUUCCUCUGAUGAAGAUGGCAAAAAAGAUAUGUCGAGCAACAAAAAAUUUAAUCCAACAUUUUAUAGGCGCAACACGAGCACAACUAUUUUCAUUGACCUAUAUCAAAAAGCUCCAUGCUUAUGGGAUCCCAGUGAUGAUCAUUAUAACAAUAGUGUAGCACGGGAAAAUUGUCAAAAAGAAAUAAUUGAAGAAAUGAAAAAGCGCUGUCAAGUUAUAUUAACUGAUCAAACCGUGAAAAGCUGCUUCCGCAAAUUGCAUAUGCAAUACCAGGCAACACAUCAAGCAAAACAAAAAAAAACAAAGUCGAAGACAAAAAAAUUACCAGCUGUUGUGAUGGAUUAUUUUCAAAAAUGUUCCUUUUUGUCGGUUGCGAAAGACGAUCUUGCCAAAGAAGUAGAGGAGACACCCAUCACAAAUACCAACUUAAGCUUUGCAAAACUAAAUCCGGUAACGGAAACCUUCAUUGAAACAUACGCUCUUUUCCCAGUAUUAUAUAAUCCUAAGCAUGAAGAUUAUAAUAACUCCAGUGUCCGUAAACAAACAUACAAGGAAAUGUCAAAUAUUAUUAAAUCAAAACAAAACAUAGAAUUCAGUGAUGACGAAAUUUAUAAGGGGAUCUACUACUUACGCCAUUGGUAUUACAAACUUAAAAAUCGCCUUGAGAAAGAUUUAGCAGAAAAAGAUUUAUCAAGUGCAGCACAAAUUUAUAUGAAAAAAUGUGCUUUUCUACCAAAUAGAGCUCCAAAUUUAAAAUUGAAAUGUACGGAAUGUAAUAAAGUUUUCCAAAAUGAGACGACGCGGCAAAGUCAUCUCUUCAGGGAGCACAAUAUCGGCGAUUGGCCACACAAAUGUACGGAAUGUGGACGUACCUUUGAAUUCAAAGCAACCUUACUAAUGCACGAGCAACGUAGUCAUGUUGGAAAGGUACAUAAAUGUGAUUACUGUGAAAGACGUUUUGCCGUACAAGUUGAUUUGCAGCGACACAUAGGUACGCAUACUGGUCAAAAGCCCUUUGUAUGCGAAUUAUGUGGGAAAGCCUUUCGCAGUAAGACACAAUUGGGUUAUCACUCAGAUGCCAUACAUACGAAAACAAGAGCUUACAAGUGUACAAUGUGCCCGAAAGAUUUCUUGAAAGCACGCGAUUUGAAAGACCACAUAAAGGCUCAUCUUAAUAUACGCGACAAAAUAUGUGAAACAUGUGGCAAAGGAUUUACCAAUUGCCAUUCACUCAUACGACAUAGACAAAUACAUUCCGAAAUUAAAAAAUUCGCUUGUAAAUUAUGUGAAGCGAAAUUUCAUCAAUUUGUUGGAUUAAACUCGCAUAUGAAAAGAACGCACGGCAUCGUUAAAAGUCAACAAAAGUCCUAAAAUUAACAGACUUUGAACCUUUAUUUUAACAUGGAAGGAUGCGAAACAAAGUUAAGCCAAGAUUUUUCAAGUGAAUUUAAUAGUAUGGAUGUGACCAACUAUUAACGAACGAUAAUUAAAAACUACUAAGCAAUUCAAACAUGAAUAUUGUUGCGAAAUUCAGUACUUUUUUGUUUAAGAAUGAUAGCUUGUUCAGUUAUAGGGAGUUACUAUUAAUUGAGAUUCGCAAAGAACUAAAUAUGGUUUGGCAAUAUUUUAUUUUAUUUUUUUAUUAUUAUACAUUUUAAAUAAGUAUAUAUAAUACAUUAAUAUUAUAAGUAUGUCUUUUGGAAAGAAAGAACACAUAUGUAUGUUAUAUACAUAAAUAUAUAUAAAAGCACAAAAAUUAUUUUAUUUAAGGUGAUUACAUAAAAAGUAUGUAUUAAAUGAAAAUAGUAUACCGCAUAA